CAGUAAUUGAAACGGGUUUUUCCAAAGGAAAACACUAUGAUCUGGUUGUUAAAAAUUUCUUUAGUUGAAUAUUGGUUAGUAUGUGAAUAGGGAACAAGCUUUUCAAGAAGGAGGAGGGAAUGGAGAAGCAGUGAUGAGGAGCUGUGUCUGAGGUGUUGGACCAGCUGGGCUACAGUCAGUCCAUGGUUCAAACACAGGCUGGAGGCUUGUAGUGAAUAGAGUAUACCCUCUUCCUCAAAACACUGUCCUACCAUUUUGCUAAAGGGAGGAUGGAAGUAAGAGGCAGUGAUGAGGAGCUGUCAGUGCGUGUGUGUGAGGCGUUGGACCAGCUGGGCUACAGUCAGUCCAUGGUCGAACACAGGAGGAAGGCUAGGAGAAAGUGGGAUGUGAUAGUGAACAAAACAGAUCAUUACAUAACCAAAAUAGUUGCAGGAAGUAAGGGUGAAGGAUCUACAGCACUGCUUGAGAGUGAUAUUGACAUAGUGCAACAAAACAACUACUCAGUGUGUGAAACACCAGGAGAUGAUCCUCUGACAUUGCCAGACACCCACUAUAAGUUCACUAUGGACAGUGAACACUGCCACCCUGGACAUUUCAGACUGGAACUGACACAUAAGGGUACACCUGAUAAUUCCAAGAUUCAGCAGGCCCUCUUUGUCCAUGACAAUGGCAAAACAUAUGUCUCUAGUGAAAAGUACAGAACAACUUUCAUUGAAGAUAAAACGCAGGAAACAGUUUCUGGACCUGCUAUCACAGGGUGUAAUGCAUAUCAAAGUUGGGACCAUGUUUAUGCAUUCCGCUGUACCAGACAGCAACCGCUGCUAUGGCAGUGGAUGAGCAGACCCAGACAUCACAACUGA